AUGAACACCAUGCGCAAGCACUGGCAGAACAAGCACAGCUGGUCGCCAUAUCCCAGCCGUGGCCGUACAGCGCCACAAAAGCGUACGGCAGCACAGGAUGAGGUGGACAGAUCAUGCCAGAAGGUGCAGUUCCAGCAGAUAUUUGCAUCGCGCAAGGGCUCCCACUACAUACAGAUCCAGACUAAGGAGACUACUGAGCAUACCGGCACGCCAGACCAGAACAGAGCCAGCCAGGCCAUUGAUGAGCUGGAGCGAUUUUACCAGGAACAGCAACGGCAGACCAGCAAUGUCAUCCAGGCCGGGGAGCACGAUGAAGCCAACCCAUGGCUGCGGCGGACCAGAUGGCCGGUGUACUUGACCAACAUCGCACCCAAUGAUCUGGUCAACUGCGUCCAGCGGCCCGAGGAUGACACCACGUGCCCAGAUGAACUGGCCGCGAGGGCCAUCUGGGAGGCCAUGGGUCAGGUUGCCCGUACCAGCCAGCGAGUCAUCACACGGCUGGGCCACUUCGUCCGCAUCGAGGCCAUCCGCACAGAGCGACACCAGACCCGGCACACCCCGUUGCAGGCGUACAUGGACGAGGAGAGCAUCGCCGAGCACGUGAGGCCAUGGCAGCAGAUGUUGAUGUUUUUCGCCCGAACGCAGGUCGAGCAUGAAUGGACGAGCCCACAGUACCGGUUCACACCACGGCAGCGCAAGACAUGGAGGGUAUUAUGGCAGGUAGCCACCACAGAGGGAGCCGACCAGCGACACUCCAUCAGCCCAGACCCCAUGGAUGAGCAGAUGACUGAGGAAGAAGAAGAGGAGGAGGAGAAGGGACAGAGAGAUACGCAGUCAGAAGAAGAAGAUAAGUUCAAAUUAACCAAGAUCCAGAUGGCAUGUUUGGAUUUUUGCAUUGAGCUGCUGAACCAGCGGGUUCAGGUGGAGGAUUAUGAGUGCGCGCUGGUAGACGCGUUGGCGGUGCUGGGACGGGGGGAGUAUGGAUGGCGCGACGCGGAGAGCUACCCACCAAUAUUGUCAUGGAUCAUCAAGGUGGCACGGUUAUGCCACACGGUGCUCAACGACCAAGUCAACUUCCGGCCCCAGAUGCAACAGCUAGGCAAGCUGAUGGCGGUCAAGACACAAAUGGUGCUGCUGACGGCCACAUUGCCACCAGAUGAGGAGGAGAAGCUGUGGUCCCACAUGCACUGCACCCGAGCGGACAUAUCAUUGUUCCGGGCGCGGACAUGCGGUCCAAAUGUGGCAUACCGAGUGUGGCAACCCAUCAUUGAAGGGUCAGAGUACGAUGGGCUCAACCGAUGGUUUCAAGCACCCAGCGUGGUCAGGUUCAUCCAGGACCGCAUGAGAUGGACGGGAGAAGGUAAGGGGGUGGUGUACUGCCAGGCAGUGAAUCAGGUCACGAUGAUGGCAAGCACAUUGAGAUGCGGGGCAUAUCACCACCACCAGAUCAACAAGGCCGGCAUACUGGAGUGUUUCCAGCAAGGUCAACACCAGGUCAUCGUGGCGACAAGUGCACUGGGCAUGGGAAUCGACAUCCCCAACAUCCGCAGCAUCAUCCACGUCGGACGGCCGCGAUCAUUGCUGGAUUAUGGACAGGAGAGCGGGCGUGCAGGGCGUGAUGGACAGGCCAGUGAAGCCAUCAUCAUUGAGCCCGAGGGUAUCAGUGCAGCAAUGAUAUGGUCAAGAAAGGAUGCACCAUCACUGCUGGACCAGAAGCUGGUUGAACGGUACAUGCAGGCAGGGGGUGAGGGGGGUGAUGAACCGAUGGCUCGAUGUCGACGGGUGGUGCUGGACCGGUACCUGGACGGGGAAGUGGAGGAUUACAUGAGACGGCACUGCGGUGAUCGACACACAGGGGAGUCCCAGUGUGACGGGUGCGAUGUGGAGUGGGAGGCCAGGGAGGCCGUGUUCACCCCCAGCCCAGGUGGCACGCCCACGCCCACACCCAGUCCAGGCUACAGUUCAAGAGCAACAGCCAAGGAUGACUCCAGCGAGGAUGAAACCAGCCAGGAGUCAGAGAUGGAGAGCCAGCAGGGUGAAACCCACAUCAGAUUCAACGGCACAUGCAGUCCCAGAAUGGCCAGAAGUGUGAGCAAGAGCACAGACGACAACAUAAAUGAAAGCAUCACCAAGAAUGAAGCUUCAACUUCAGGCGGGAGCAGCCCGGGUCAAUGGAACAAGCAAGAGUCAAGUGAAAUCAGUGAAGACACCAGGGGCAUCCCAUCAACAACCAGACAGACAUUCCACAAGCAGGAUGUCCGUCGGGGCCGGUUCAUCAUCACACACCAGCAGCGAGGGCAGAGGGCAUUGAUGGAUGAGGAGGUUUUAGUGGAAGAGGCGCAGAGGUGGAAGGAUCAGUGUUUGAUAUGUGCAAGUCGCAAGCUGUCCCCACGAGGAGAGCCAGGAGGCGAAGAGAUGGAUGAUGACAGUGCGGAGCAAGAUCAAAUACACACGGUAUUCCGGGUGCUUCCGAUGCGGGAUGCCGCAGUCCAUAUGCAACAGCUGGAAGACACAGAGACAGUGUCCGUACAGGGGAUUUUGGAUCCCGACGGUGGCAAUGAUGAUGUAUGGGUGUCACAGCGGCUGAGAGAGUUCAAUGUGGAUGCAGAUGAUCAGGAGGCGAAGGGGUUCAUUUUUUGGCGGUCGUCAAAAACAGUCUACUUUGAUCUUAGUGAUCUUGGUGAUCUUGGUGAUCUUAGUAAUCUUGGUGAUCUUGAUGAUCUUGGUGAUCUUGGUGAUCUUAAUGAUCUUGGUGAUCUUAAUGAUCUUGGUGAUCUUAAUGAUCUUGGUGAUCUUGGUGAUCUUGGUGAUCUUGCAAUGGCAUCCAAUAUGUCUACUAUUGUGUACACCAACAAAUCAUUGACAAAACCCCAUCCGAUCAUUUUUGAUCCCAUUCGGCUUGCUGUCAUCUGCAAGGAUUGCCAACAUGGUGUCUCGAUGGCAUCACUCAGCAAACACCUAAAGGAGGAACACAGAUACCCUGACAUUACAAUUGAUUCAAUCAAAAAGGAGUUCCAAGCAUAUAACCCAAUUGGGCCAGCAGACCACGCUGAGAUUCUUGCCGCGGCUGAGCACGGCUACUCAUCAAAUAUAAAAGUCCAUGAGGGCAUUGCCUGCAACUUCACUGGGUGCAAGUACCAUUGCAUAACAACUGGUACUAUCUACAAGCAUUUGUCGCAGGUACACAAAAAUGAACCAUGGCCUGUCAACCAACCAAAGUACCAGACUGAUGUUCUUGUUUCAACCCUUUUCACAUCAUACAAACAUUACUACCCGGUAUCUCCACCGUCCCCGGCAAGCAGUCCUAGUAAUCCACACGAAGACGACCCCCUAUCCGAACUCAAGGCCGAAUACGCAAUGCUGCUACACGAAUGCUCUCGUUUAUACGCGAUUGCACCAACAGAGCCAACGCACCUUACGUGCUCCACAAGUCUCAUCCGCCAACCCAUGGAGAUCCCAACCAAGACCGUGGUAGGCUUUUUCAUUGCCAGUACCUCAUGGACUCGCUCCAAUCGAUGGGCAGCCCCUGACCAUACGACGCCCCUAUUGAGUGCAAUCAUUUAUGCCUUCCGCAUGUUUACACUCUUUACAGUACUGAUUAAUGAGUCUCCGGAGGAUGUACACGAACGUCUGUUAGUUGAUUCUGCCAAAUAUCUCCAUGAUGGGAAGCAAGUUUAUUUUUCCGAGGCGUUUAAUCUCCGAUUAAUGGGCAAAACGAUUUGUCGAGAUUUUUAUCAACGAGAGACGGUCCGAUGGAACCAGACAAGAACGAUCCUCACCAUCGACAGUACUGAAAUCCACCUAACCCAGCUAUAUGACUAUAUCCGCCGCCUAAUUUCCUCCAAUCGCACCGAGCUGUGCACAAUUCUUGGCGUGGAUGAGAACUACCUUGAGCAGUUCUCCCCCAACAAAUUCUGUGACAAUUGGAACGUGCAGCAUAGAGGAGUCUCAAUUAUCAGUACUGCUGUCCCGCGUGCUCCGGACGUUGAUCCCAAUUUCUUGGAUGGGAUAUGGCGUUAUACCAAUAGAUUGAUAUCAAUGCCCAACUCGUUUGUGGCCAUCCGCAAUGGAAAGGUGCAGAUUGAUCCCAAGAAACAGCGCGAGUUUACCACACUAUGCCGCCGCGUACAGAAAUUCCUCAGCAAUCUAGCGGUUCUCCUUGUAUACACUGGCGGCCUGCCGAUGCGAGGGCCAGAAUUGAUAUCGACAAAACAUGCCAAUGACGCCAGCACCCUUAGAAAUGUAUUGUUGCAUUUUGAUUCUAUGGUUAUAUUGUCUGAAUACAACAAGACGGAUAGCAUCAAGGGGAAGCCAACGGUUGUUGCUCGAUAUCUUCCUUCGUCAGUUGGACAAGUAGUUUUAUGCUACUUGUCGGAGCUGCGGCCGUUUAUCGGCAGAUACUCUGCAUUACAAUCUGAGAGUACAAAUAUGGCACAUCUGACGAAUCCCCUCUUCUUCACAUGCCCUGAGGCGGCACCAAUCACCCCAGCCACCGUCUCGGCCCAGAUGGGGUUGGCAACCGAGCAGAGUCUGGGCGUUCGGGUUAAGAUUGCAAAGUGGCGGCACGUCGCGGUGGCUCUCUAUCGAGAGCGGAUCCAGACAGAGGAGGAUGAGAAGGAGAUACCAGAUAUCGCGCAUAUCCUUCAAACCGGGCAUUCCGAAGAGACUGACUCUCGCCACUAUGCCCUGACUGCUGAAAUGAUCACUGGCACGACGGACGAAACACUACGAGCAUUUUAUAGGGUAUCUAAGAAAUGGCAUACAAUCCUGGGCAUAACCGACCAAGGAGAUGCAACCCACCCGUUUUUGGCGACCGCCACAAUUUCCCCCCCUACUGCACCCUCCCCAAUGAUUAUGGCGCCCGCCAAAAAGUCAGCCCUGCCAGGUCAGAACCUUAGCCACGGCCAAGGUGCAAUAAUGCCCCCAUUGCAACACCCCACACCAUCAAGCCCCAGAGCUAGCCCGAUUCCCGUUACGACUCCAGCCGCCCCGAUAACUAUGGCGAUCGCCAGAAACGAACACCCUUCUAACCAGACCCCAUCUAGCCGCCAGCAUGCAACAAUCCCUCAAUUACAGCAACCCACUCCAUCAAGUAUGAGAGCUAAUCAGAUUCCCACUAUUCCUCCCGCUACCCAAUCACAGAACAAGCGCAUACUAGGCCAAGCCGGUGAACCAAGCAACCCGAAUAAAAGGGUAUGUACCACGGAGACCAGAGCUCUUGAGAAGCUGAGGCUGGUCCUACAAAAACCAGAUGCUGAAUGGCGCAACUCGACCCAGCGAGAUGCAACAAUUGAGUGCAUCAAUAAGGUUGAUAAUUUGAUGGUGAUAUCUCCACCGGGAUCAGGAAAGACCCUCAUCUUCAUCAUCCCUGCAAUGCUGGCCCCAACGAUGACUACAAUUGUGAUUACACCGUUCAUAUCCCUCCAAUCAGACAUGAUAUCCCGAUGCAGUCAAGCUGGGGUCCAGGCCGAUGCAUGGCACCCAGCGAUGUCUCGUGCCCCACAUAUCGUAUUUGUGACUCCAGAGCUAGCAAUGCACCCCCAAUUUCAAGUGAUGGUCCAAAGACUCUGCGAGGAAAAGCAGCUACUGCGCUUGGUGGUUGACGAAGUGCACUGUGUAGUAACUGAUGGUAACUAUCGGCCAAGUUUCAACAGAUUAAAAUGGGUGGGCUCAGUUGCGGUGCCAUUGCUCUUAAUGACUGGGACGCUUCCACGAGAGAUGAGUGACCAGGUGCUUAGCCGUCUGGGUUGCGACCUUCGCCCCGCCGUUGAGAUGCGUGAGGUCUGCACGAACCCCAACAUCCAAAGGAUACUGCGCGUUAUGGACGAUGAUGAGAUACAUACCACUCUGCAGGAAUACGUCUCCCAAGCAUCACCACAGAACAUUGUACUGAUAUUUGCAAUGUCCAAAGCUGAGACAGAUGAAUGGGCUGAACGCCUGGGGAUCCCACACUAUAACUCUUCAAUGAGCAUAGCACAACGAGAGGAUAUUCUUAAGCAGCUUGGAGCGGGGAGCAUACCUGCAAUUAUUGCAACAUCUGGCCUAGGCACUGGACUUGACAUUCCCCAUGUCAAGGUCACUGUUCACCUGCAAGGGGCAUACGACCUGAUCCAACUACUUCAAAAUGCCGGCCGUGGUGGUCGUCGUGACGGCGACGAUUCCAGAUCAGUGACCCUUUUGACAUGUAGCGGACAAAGUCGGAUUGUGCAGAAGAACCCAGAGAGCCCCCUCGCAAGAUAUGUCUCAAAUCAGCAUUGCCUGAAUAGAGUUAUCACAUCGUAUAUUGAUACCGAGACAAGUAACUGCACAGGACCUCACCAAUGCUCCAUUUGUGCCAACCCACCCACCUCACUGACAGCACUCAUUCCCGGCACACCACCACCGGCCACACCACCUCAAUCCUCCGCAAUCAACGUCAUACAGUUGAACCAUUUGACAUCAGAUCAUGAACCCUCCAAUUGCCAAUACUACAACAAGCACUCCCGCAUAACUGAUGAAAAGCUAGCAUACUUUGCAGGCCGCGUCAGGUUGGUGGCAGACCUUGCUGCCAACCGAGUUCAUUAUAAGUGCUUUUUACCCAUUGCGCACUUCCACCGCACUGGUUUCAACCUUGCAGCCCCAUGCUCCUUUGACCUUCUUCUCGUCCGGGUUGUGUUUUUUGCAUCCACCAUGCCCCAAUUUCAAUUCUUAUUCCCAGGCAUUCGAGGUUGA